CCAGAUGUAUGGGGACAAGUCUUGCAAUUCCGUAUUCAACACUAUACGCAUUCCCACGCCACGCUUUCUGUCCACAAACACCUCCAGAGUUGUAUCUAAGCUUGGAGACUCCGCCGCAGAACAGUUGAGCAGCCUCUGCUCCAAAGGACAAAUCAAAGAAGCCUUUGAGAGCUUUAAAUCUGAGAUAUGGUCAAAUCCAUCUCUCUUCUCACACCUCCUCCAAGCAUGCAUACCCAGAAAGUCACUUUCAUUAGGAAAGCAGCUCCAUUCUUUGAUUAUCACAUCUGGAUGUUCCGCGGACAAGUUCGUAUCCAAUCACAUCCUCAACUUUUACUCCAAAAUUGGAGACUUGGGAGCAGCGUUAACUCUGUUUGGUCAUCUGCCAAGGAGAAAUAUUAUGUCUUGCAACAUUUUGAUCAAUGGGUAUGUGCAAAAUGGUGAUUUGGAAAGUGCCCAGAAGGUGUUCAACGAAAUGCCUGAGAGAAAUGUGGCUACGUGGAAUGCCAUGGUCACGGGUUUGACCCAGUUUCAAUUUAAUGAGGAGGGGUUGGGUUUGUUUUCGGAAAUGCACGAGUUGGGGUUUUUGCCUGAUGAGUUCACUUUAGGUAGUGUUCUUAGGGGAUGUGCAGGUUUGAGAGCAUUACAUGCUGGGCGACAGGUUCACGCUUAUGUGAUGAAAUGCAGGUUUGAGUUCAAUUUGGUUGUUGGGAGCUCUUUGGCUCAUAUGUAUAUGAAGUCUGGUAGCUGACUGCCAAUUCAAAAUGUGGUUGCUUGGAAUACUCUUAUCGCGGGAAAAGCUCAAAAUGGGCACUCUGAGGCAGUGUUGGAUCAGUAUAAUAUAAUGAAAAUCGCAGGUUUUCGACCUGAUAAGGUCACAUUUGUGAGUGUUAUUAGUUCAUGUUCGGAAUUGGCAACACUCGGACAGGGUCAGCAGAUUCAUGCUGAAGCAAUUAAAGCUGGGGCUAGCACAGUUGAUGCAGUCAUUAGUUCCUUAAUUAGCAUGUAUUCAAGAUGUGGGUGUCUUGAAGAUUCUCUAAAAGCUUUCAAGGAAAGUGUAGGUGGAGAUGUUGUACUACGGAGUUCCAUGAUUUCUGCUUAUGGGUUUCAUGGACGAGUAGAGGAAGCCAUUCAGCUGUUUGAGGAGAUGGAGCAGGAAGAAUUAGAGGCAAAUGAUGUUACUUUCUUAAGUUUGCUUUAUGCCUGCAGUCAUUGUGGAUUGAAGGAGAAAGGGAUUGAGUUCUUCAACUCAAUGGUAGAAAAGUAUGGGUUGAAGCCUAGACUAGAACACUAUACAUGUGUGGUUGACCUGCUUGGCCGGUCUGGCCGUUUGGAGGAAGCUGAGUCAAUGAUAAGAUCAAUGCCUGUUAAAGCAGAUGCUAUCAUAUGGAAAACUUUGUUAUCUGCAUGUAAAAUCCACAGGAACGCAAAUAUAGCAAAAAGGAUUUCUGAAGAAGUUAUUAGGCAAGAUCCACAGGACUCGGCUUCUUACGUGCUACUUUCAAACAUUCAUGCUUCAGCUAGAAGGUGGCAGGAUGUUUCUGAGGUGAGAAAAGCCAUGAGAGAUAGAAAGGUCAAGAAGGAGCCAGGCAUAAGCUGGCUGGAAAUUAAAAAUCAAGUUCACCAGUUCUGUAUUGGUGAUAAAUCACAUCCACAAUCUAAGGAGCUUGAUAUGUAUCUUCAAGAACUAACAUCCGAGUUGAAGUUGCAUGGUUAUGUGCCUGAUACUGGCUCUGUUUUGCAUGACAUGGAUAACGAGGAGAAAGAAUACAACUUGGCUCACCAUAGUGAGAAGUUGGCAAUUGCUUUUGCGUUAAUGAACACACCUGAGGGUGUACCGGUAAGGGUGAUGAAGAAUUUGCGUGUUUGCAUUGAUUGUCAUGUUGCUAUUAAGUACAUAUCUCUAAUAAAAAACCGAGAAAUUAUUGUACGUGAUGCUAGUAGAUUUCAUCACUUUAAAAAUGGGAAGUGUUCUUGUGGAGAUUACUGGUAAGGGAGGUCAUACUGGUAGGUGUUCUUCAUCUGAUUUAGAAAUGUUUUGAGAUUACUUUCAUUUUUUAUGCCUGU